GAGGCGCUCCCGCUGUCUGACGCUGCGUCACAGAGUUAGAUGAUAGAAGAAGAAGAAGAGGCGCUCCCGUUGUCUGACGCUGCGUCGCACAGUCGCUAAACUCGCUGUAGAUCAUGGCAGCUUCCAAGCCAGUGGAGCCCCACUCCGGGACCGGACUGCCCCGGUGGCAGCUAGCACUGUUAGUCGGGACUCCCAUCGUGCUCGGUGUUGGGGCGGUUUAUCUGUGGAACCGCAGCCGGAGGAAGGAAAGGAAAGGGACCGGGGAGCGGAAAACCCCAGAGGGCAGCGCCAGUCCGGUGCAGGGCCAAGACGGAGCCAACCGAGAGGUGGAGAACAUGAGCCCUUUGGACCGUGCCCAAGCAUCAAAGAAUAAGGGGAACAAGUACUUUAAGGCUGGCAAGUACGACAAGGCCAUCCAGUGCUACACAGAGGCCAUUUCUCUCUGCCCCAAUGAGCAGAGGAAUGAUUUAUCAACGUUUUACCAGAACAGAGCUGCAGCUUACGAACAGCAGAUGAAAUGGACAGAAGUGGUCCAGGACUGCUCUCAGGCUGUGGACCUGAAUCCACGCUACAUCAAGGCCCUGUUCCGGAGGGCUAAAGCUCUCGAAAAGCUAGACAACAAGAAGGAGUGCCUAGAAGACGUCACAGCAGUAUGUAUUCUUGAAGCCUUCCAGAACCAGCAGAGCAUGCUGCUCGCUGACAGGGUUCUGAAACAGCUGGGAAAAGAGAAGGCCAAAGAAAAAUACAAGAAUCGUGAGCCCAUGAUGCCUUCUCCUCAGUUCAUUAAAUCGUACUUCAGCUCGUUCACUGAUGACGUCAUCUCGCAGCCUCUGCAGAAGGGAGAGAAGAAAGAUGAGGACAAAGAUAAGGAGGGUGAAGCAGCUGAAAUCACAGAGAGCUCUGGUUACUUGAAGGCCAAGCAGUACAUGGAGGAGGAAAACUAUGAUAAAAUCAUCAGUGAAUGCACCAAGGAGAUUGAGUCAGGAGGCCGGUACACUGCAGAGGCGCAGCUGCUGCGAGCCACAUUCUACCUACUGAUUGGUAACGCUACAGCUGCUCAGCCUGACCUGGAUCGGGUCAUCAACAUGAAAGAUGCUAAUGUGAAGCUUCGAGCAAACGCUUUGAUCAAGCGUGGGAGUAUGUACAUGCAGCAGCAGCAGCCUCUGCUCUCGACACAAGACUUCAACAUGGCAGCAGAGAUUGAUACACACAACCCUGACGUGUAUCACCACAGGGGUCAGUUGAAGAUCUUGUUGGAUCAGGUGGAUGAAGCAGUGGGAGACUUUGAUGAGUGCAUACGGCUCAGACCUGACUCUGCUCUGGCUCAGGCACAGAAGUGCUUUGCUCUUUACAGACAAGCAUAUACUGGAAACAACCCGGCACAGGUACAAACAGCCAUAGAUGGCUUUGAGGAUGUAAUCCGUCGGUUUCCAAAAUGUGCUGAGGGCUACGCUCUUUAUGCUCAGGCUUUGACUGAUCAGCAACAGUUUGGAAAAGCUGAUGAAAUGUAUGACAAGUGUAUUGAACUGGAACCAGACAACGCUACAACAUAUGUGCACAAGGGUUUGUUGCAGCUUCAGUGGAAACAAGACCUCGACUUGGGUCUAGAGCUCAUCAGUAAGGCCAUUGAGAUUGACAACAAAUGUGACUUUGCAUAUGAAACCAUGGGAACCAUUGAAGUCCAAAGGGGAAAUCUGGACAAGGCAAUAGAAAUGUUCAACAAAGCCAUCAACCUGGCCAAGUCUGAGAUGGAGAUGGCCCAUUUGUACUCAUUAUGUGACGCAGCGUACGCUCAGACUGAAGUGGCCAGGAAGUAUGGGCUCAAACCCCCAACACUGUAACAUCUCUGCCGGCUGACCUCCCGUCUUGAUAUGAGUGUUAAAUGUGAGACUGUUCAACUUAAAUUUUAUUUGUUUAGAAAACAAAAAGAGAAAAAUUUUAAAAGAAAAAAGUAGAACCCUGAAUAUGUGCUGUAUUGAAAUCGUAUUGAAAGGAAGGAUUUCUGUUCACAAUCAAACUGAGGCCACAGUCCAGGUCUCUGGUUGUGUCAGGAUUAGUGGAGUGGAUGGUUUGGGUCAGCGCAUCCCAGUGCUGACACAUAAGUCAACAUUACGGUACUGUUAAAUCCAGAGGGGUGGGGGGGAUCCACCCAAAUGACCAUGUUAUAACGUGAAUUAUUGAAAUAUGUGCAUUUUGUUGAACCAGUCGUUGACAAGAACGGUUCUGUAAAACUAAAAUCCACAGAAAAUGCUGUGAGAACUUUAGGAAGUUCUGAAAGACACGGUAAAUCAUAUCGAUGUAGAACUUUUUUUUGUUUGUUUUUUCCGCGGCUUCCACAUUGUAACAUUUAUUGCCAGUGCUGAAUGCAAGAUGAAAACAAUAGUUUUGAAAUGUCUGUAUUUGAGAUUAAACAGAUUCUGGCCCACAGAGAGGCCUGUUUAGUCAUUUUUUUAAUGAUGGGUUUGUUUUU